AACAGUAAAAACGUUACAAAAUGGAGUUCUGGUUCAUUGCCCUAGUUUCUCUUUGUGUGGGCUCUCUCAUCAGAGCCACCGUCUCCGCCAUCGGAGGAAACACGAAGCGCGUAAGCCUCCCUCCCGGACCUCUACACAUACCCAUCCUAUCAACCAUCUUAUGGCUUAGAAAAUCCUUAUCCCAAAUCCAAUCCUUCCUCCGAACCACCCAUGCAAAAUAUGGCCCAAUUAUCAGUUUCCGAGUCGGUUUCCGACCGAUCGUAUUCAUUUCCGAUCGGUCCGUUGCCUACAAUGCCCUAAUCCAAAACUCCUCCGUCUUCUCUGAACGCCCUAAAGCACCUCCCAACAUAAAACUCAUCUCCAGCAACCAACACACCAUCAAUUCCGCUUCUUAUGGAGCCACAUGGCGCACUCUUCGUCGUAACCUCGCCGCGGAGAUGCUUCAUCCGUCUCGCGCUAAGUCUUUCUCCGAGAUUCGCCGCUGGGUUCUUCAAACCCUCCUCGACCGAUUAAAGUCAUCUUCGGAAUCCAGUGAUUCUAUCAAAGUCGUUGAUCACAUCCAGUAUGCAAUGUUUUGCUUACUGGUUUUCAUGUGUUACGGAGAAAGAGUUAACGAUGACAAAAUCAACGAUAUCGAGCGUGUUCAACGUACACUUCUGUUGAGUCUCAACAAAUUCAACCUUCUGAAUUUCUUUCCGAAGAUCACUAGGGUUUUGUUCCGGAAACGAUGGGAGGAGUUGUUGAAGUUGAAGCAAGAUCAAAAUGAUGUUUUACUUCCAUUGAUAAGAGCAAGGAAGCAAGCCAAAGAAAGUGGAUCAAUCAAAAACAACGUUGUUUCGUAUGUAGAUACUCUUGUGGAAUUGGAAUUACCUGAGGAGAAACGUAAAUUGAAUGAAGAUGAAAUUGUUAGUCUUUGUUCAGAGUUUUUGAAUGCAGGCACAGACACAACUUCAACAGCUUUGCAAUGGAUCAUGGCGAAUUUGGUGAAGUAUCCACAAGUGCAAGACAAGAUUAUGGAGGAGCUUAAAGCGGCGUUUGGCGAUGAAAGAAACGAAGAGAACGCGGAGGUGAAAGAGGAAGAUUUGCACAAACUGCCUUAUCUAAAGAGUGUGAUAUUGGAAGGGCUGAGACGUCAUCCACCAGGGCACUUUGUGUUGCCACAUACAGUUAAAGAGGAUGUUGUUUUGAAUGGCUAUUUGGUGCCAAAAGAUGGGAUAGUGAACUUCAUGGUGGCAGAUAUAGGGCGGGAUCCUCGAGUUUGGGAAGAUCCGAUGGCGUUUAAGCCGGAGAGGUUUAUGAAGGAGGAGACAUUUGAUAUCACUGGGAGCAAAGAGAUAAAGAUGAUGCCAUUUGGAGUUGGGAGGAGAAUUUGUCCUGGAUAUAAUCUAGCUAUGCUCCAUUUGGAAUACUUUGUGGCUAAUUUGGUUUGGAAUUUUGAGUGGAAGCUUCCGGAGGGAGGGGAUGUUGAUUUGUCUGAAAAGCAUGAGUUCACAGUGGUCAUGAAGAAUCCUUUGCAGGUUCAUAUUUCUCCUAGGGUUUAGAUUAUAUGAUAUAUGUGUAUGUAUACCUUACUCUUGGUCUUGGAGUAUAGGUAUAUAGUAAUAAAAUGUUUAUUUAGUUGUUUAUUGAAGUCAAAUGUUGCUUUAGUUGUUCGUUGAGUUAAAAUGUUGUCAAACCAUCCUAGAUGUGUUACUUGACAGCAGUGUAAC